AUGUACACUGAUCAUCAGUGCACCUAUCAGUGCCAGUCAGUGCCGCCUAUCAGUGCCAGUCAGUGAUGCCUAUCAGUGUGCAUAAGUGCCGCCUAUCAGUGCCGUCAGUGCCACCUAUCAGUGCCAUCAGUGCCGCCUAACAGUGCCAGUCAGUGCCGCCUAUCAGUGCCUAUCAGUGCCGCCUAUCAGUGCCGCCUAUCAGUGCUGCCUUUCAGUGGCCAUCAGUGAUGCCUGUCAAUGCCCAUCAGUGCCACCUACCAGUGCCUCCUCAUCAGUGCCCAUCAGUGCCACAUAUCAGUGUCCAUCAGUGCAUCCUAUCAGCACCCAUCACUGCAGCCUCAUUAGCGCACAUCAGUGAAGGAGAAAAAUCACUUAUUUUUCAAAAUUUUAUA